GGGUGUCGUGACCUCAUUCACGAAUUUGCAAAUGGCGACUAUUUUCUCGCCGAUGACCCACCUCCCGAAAUAACAUAUUCGUAUUUUUAUGUGAUUUGUGAUUAUAGCAUCGAUACAUUAUCAGGAUAAGGUCCAUAUAACAAGGCAUCAUGCCUGCUGUGAAGGGGGAUAACAUGCGGGGACUGUUGGUCUUCAUCUCCGAUAUCCGUAAUUGCAAAAGUAAAGAGGCUGAAAUCAAAAGAAUAAACAAGGAGCUUGCCAACAUCAGGUCAAAGUUCAAAGGUGACAAGACUUUAGAUGGCUACCACAAGAAGAAGUAUGUUUGUAAACUUCUCUUUAUCUUCCUCUUGGGUCAUGAUAUAGACUUUGGAUACAUGGAGGCUGUCAAUCUUCUUAGCUCCAAUAGAUACACAGAAAAACAGAUCGGAUACCUGUUCAUUUCUGUGAUGAUUAGUGCCAAUAAUGAUCUGAUAAAGCUCGUCAUUAAGUCCAUUAAAAACGACUUGGCCAGUCCAAACCCUGUCCAUGUUAAUCUGGCUCUUCAAUGCACAGCCAACAUUGGGAGUAAGGAAAUGGCUGAGGGCCUGGGCAACGAAAUCCCCAAACUUCUGGUGACAGGUGAAACAAUUGAUUCUGUCAAACAGAGUGCAGCUCUGACUUUGCUUCGAUUGCUGCGGACGUCACCAGAAUACAUUCAGAUUGGAGAGUGGUCAUCAAGAGUCAUUCACCUACUAAAUGACCAGCACCUAGGAGUAGUCACAUCAGCAGCAAGUUUAAUUGAAGCUCUGGUGAAGAAGAACCCAGAGGAAUACAAGGGCUGUGUUUCACUAGCAGUGUCCCGCCUCAGUAGGAUUGUGACAGCUUCAUACACAGACCUUCAGGAUUACACCUAUUACUUUGUACCAGCUCCUUGGUUAUCUGUCAAACUCUUAAGAUUGCUACAGAAUUAUCCUCCUCCAGAGGACCCAGCCGUGAGGACAAGGUUAACAGAGUGCUUAGAAACCAUAUUAAAUAAAGCACAGGAACCUCCCAAAUCUAAAAAGAUCCAGCAUGGUAAUGCCAAAAAUGCGGUACUUAAUGAAGCAAUUAACCUAAUUAUUCAUAUGGACAGUGAUCCUAACCUUCUAGUCAGGGCCUGUAACCAACUUGGCCAAUUUCUACAGCACAGGGAAACUAAUCUAAGAUACUUGGCUUUGGAAAGCAUGUGUUUGUUAGCAACAUCUGAGUUUUCACACGAGGCAGUGAAAAAACACCAAGAAACUGUAGUUAAUUCAUUAAAGACUGAGCGAGAUGUCAGUGUGAGACAGAGGGCAGUGGACCUUCUAUAUGCCAUGUGCGACAGAACAAAUGCUGAAGAAAUUGUAGGGGAAAUGUUGGAAUAUUUAGAAACUGCUGACUACUCAAUACGAGAGGAAAUGGUGCUGAAGGUGGCUAUUCUGGCAGAGAAGUACGCGGUGGACUACACUUGGUACGUGGACGUCAUACUGAAUCUGAUCCGCAUCUCUGGAGAUUACGUUAGUGAAGAGGUCUGGUACCGAGUCAUACAGAUUGUGAUAAAUAGGGAUGAUGUACAAGGGUAUGCAGCGAAGACUGUGUUUGAGGCUCUGCAGGCCCCAGCUUGUCAUGAGAACAUGGUCAAAGUCGGAGGAUACAUACUAGGGGAGUUUGGCAAUCUUAUUGCAGGGGAUCCUAGAUCUAGUCCACUUGUCCAGUUCCAGCUGUUACAUUCUAAGUACCACCUGUGUGGUCCUGCCACCCGUGGAUUACUACUGUCUACAUACAUCAAGUUUGUCAACCUGUUUCCUGAGAUUAAGUCAACCAUUCAAGAUGUUUUAAAAAGUGACAAUAAUCUUCGUAAUUCAGAUGUUGAAUUACAACAGAGAAGUGUGGAAUAUCUACAGUUAAGCACAGUUGCCUCAACUGAUGUUUUGGCAACAGUUUUGGAAGAAAUGCCACCAUUCCCAGAGAGAGAAUCAUCAAUUUUGGCUAAAUUGAAAAAGAAGAAACCCACAGUGACAGAACAAACAGAGAACAAGGAGCCAAAACAACCAAUGCCCCAGGCACAGAUGAGCAACAGUGUCAACACCCAUGCCACCCCCACACCUCCUCCCCUGUCUACAGUGUCCAAUCCCAGUACGGUCUCGGAUGACCUGCUUGGCCUGAAUUCCCCCGCCCCCACACAGACGGGUCCCUCAGCAGGAAGUUUCCUGGUUGAUGUAUUUGACACAGUGGGUUCAGGUCCAUCUACCAAUGGAGUGGAUGAGAACGGUCUGACAGUUGGGGCUGAAGACAGCUUUAAAAAAUUUAUUUGUAAAAAUAAUGGAGUAUUAUUUGAAAAUGACCUUCUACAAAUUGGAGUGAAAUCUGAAUACCGACAGAACCUUGGGAGACUGGGGAUAUUCUACGGCAACAAAACAUCAUACCAGUUCAGUGGAUUUAGUGUAGACACACAAUGUCCAGGAGAGAGCAGUUUACAGAUCACAUGUACACAAAAGCCUGUAGAUACCACGAUAGAUAGUGGAGCUCAGGUCCAACAGGUUAUCAAUAUUGAAUGUAUUACCGAGUUUGCAGAGGCUCCUAUUCUGGCUAUCUCCUUCACGUGUAAUGGUAAUUCUCAGAAAUUGAAACUAAAGCUUCCAGUAAUGUGUAGCAAAUUAUCGGAGCCCGUUGAAAUGGAUUCUGCCACAUUUUUCUCCAGAUGGAAGGCCCUUUCACAGCCUAAUCAAGAAUGUCAGAAAGUGUUUAAAGCCAAAUUUCCAAUAGACUCUGAACAGAACAAGACUAAAAUCUUGGGAUUUGGAGUGAGUGUCUUGGAAGGAAUUGACCCUAACCCAGAAAACUAUGUAGCUGCUGGAAUCAUUCACACCAGAUCAGCCCAGAUUGGCUGUCUCAUUCGACUAGAACCAAAUAAAGCUGCCCAGAUGUACAGGUUAACAAUACGUGCUAGCAAACCUCCUGUACCAAAUAUCCUAGCAGAUUUACUGGAGCAUCAAUUUUAGUGCAUACCCAGGGGAGCAAACCAUGUGAUAGACAGAAGACUGUGUAAAGGGAGAUAAUCUGUACAGGCAAAUGAGAGUGAAAGAAGACCGAAAUCAUUAGGCUGUUGUAAUUAGCUUGUGUCUUGUGUUUGGUACUGUGCUAGAGUAGAGGUGAUAUAGAAAAUAAUGAUGGUCUUCUUUCUGAUGAUGUGUUAAGUUGUGUAAAAGUUUGUGAGUAUGAUCAGGAAAAGUAUCAUGGGUUGUGUGUUUUUACUUUUAAAUUCCUAAAUUAAUACAUUAAAAGCAUUAAAUGUCAGCUUUAGGGAAAAAUAAUUUGCGAAUGUACAUGUAAAUGUCUUAUGUUUGUAAUAUAUAUUUUUUUGGCCUCUACAUAUUCCCCUAGACUCUCAACAUAAGUUUUAUUUCUCAAAAUGCAUUACAUAUUGCUUUUUGUUGAUUGUUUUGGGCAUUGAAUUAUAGAAUGUGAUAAAAUGCCAUGUGCAUACCACACUAAAUGGUGAUCACUUUCAUAAUAUAGCAUAGACUAUUUGAGGAGGGGAGGGGGUACUCAUGGAAUAUGCAGCAAAGUAUAAAAGGUGGAUACAGGUUAAAUGAAGUCCUUCAGUUUUUAUAGAUAUAUGUAACUGUUGCCAUUAUUACAUUGUCCAAGGUAUUAUACAUUCCAUAUAACAUGCAGAUAUUUACCUAAAUUAUUAAGGAAACCUCUUUUUAGCAGAUACUUGUGUGAAGAGUGUAUACAUGUUUAAAACACUGAUGGUGCAUUCUGCCAUGAUGAGCUACAGUUGUAUGUGUAUGAGUUCUAGUUUAGUUCAGUUUGUCAAAGAUUUAUGGAUAUUCAAGAGUUUACAAUAUAUAAGAAGUUGAGUUUCACAGAUAUGAACAUGUUCAUGUACUGUACAUGUAUGUGUUGUUUUUUAAAUUUUAAGUCAACUCUUUUAUUAUGGAGUAUGGUGACAAAUUCUGAAAGAAAAGCAUAAUGUUUGUUGAAGCAGUUAACUUUAAGAAUGAAUUUAAACCAAGUAAAUGUUAAAUUUGUUAAGUAAGAUUAUUUUUUAGAAAGGUGAUUUCUCUUUUUUGUUGUGGCAGAUUUUGUUAAGAAAUAUUUUUUAAAAAUGUAUUUAUCGUGUACAAAAAUGAAUACUCAGUGUAUGAAUGGUAAAUUUCUCAAUCCAUAAUCAACAAUCACUAAUGGAAAAGUAAUUAGUACAUGAUAAUAGUAGGCUAUUUGUGGUUGGGAUUAUAAAUUUAAGGCUUCUUCAUGGUGCAUUGAUUAUCAUAGUUGAUGAUAGAAGAGGAAACCAUGUGUACAUAUGUUAAUACAGGUGGGGAAUAAUGUCCACAUUAAAACUUUCCUUAUUCAGAUAACUGCUUUGAAAGGGUGCAUUUAAUGGAUGAUGAAAGGAAAUACAAGUGGGUGCCAGUCACAAGAACUUGGGUAAAAUUAUUAAAACUAUAAUAUCAUUCUGAUCAAAAUAAAUUAAGUUGAUAGUUGUCUUUUCAGUAUAGCGUCAAAUUCUUAGAUUUCCAUAAAGCUGUCUUUGGUUUAAUCAUAUUUGACAGGAGCAAGUUAUUAUAUCUAGAUGUGAUGUUUGGUACCAUUACAUAGAAUAUUGUAUACAAAGUUAAACCUCAUGUGCAAUAAACAGUAGAAUGCUUGUAACUUAAAAAGGUAUUAUAUUUCAUGUGAAGAGAAUUAUCUUCUUAAUCAAAGUUGUAAGUCAUAGAUGCUAGAAUUGUAUUAAAAAUGCAGAAAUAAUUUGAAGACCUUCUGUUGUUUAGGGUGCUCUGCAUAGAUCAAGAUGUGUUGGGAAUCUGAAUAGGUCACAUAAUUCAAGUCAUGUGACAGAUGUGAUUUAAAGAUGACAGCUUUUGAUUUAUUAAUGAACUAGUUGAUGGGGAAUUAUUUAUCAAUAGACCUCCCUGUGUACAUUGUAUAUUUAUAUAUCAUGAUGAUAAUAUCAACAUCAUUAUAAACAACUCAUUAAAGUGGUUAAAUAAAA